UCAAAUUAUCCAUUUUUAACUAAAUAUUAUGGAAACUUUUUGAUUAAAGAAAGAUUUACUGCAUUAGUUUUUGAAUUUAUUCCAGGUGGUACCUUACUUGAUUUAUUAUUAGAUAAGUUUUAUUAUGGUCUAAAUGAAGAACAAGCUCGAUUUUAUGUUACAGAAUUGAUUCUUGCAUUAGAUCAUUUACAUUCGAAUUCGAUUGCAUUUAGAGAUUUGAAGUGUGAUAAUGUUAUGAUUGGUUUAGAUGGUCAUAUUAAAUUAAUUGAUUUUGGAUUA